CCAACCCACACUCCCAAGAAAGCAGACACUGUUGGCUUGAUCACUCCCCUUUCAGGGAGGGAAAAUGAGGAGGGGGGAGGAGGGAAAGUAGGGGCUAGAAAGGUAACUGGCCCCUCUCUGUGCAAAAAAGUCAUUCUUUGCUGCUCGCACCAGCUUCUUGAUCACCCCAGGGCUAUGUCCCUCAGUCUCAUUCUGCCCAGCCACAUGCACGGACUUUAUUACUUAAGCUAAGUGCAAAACUUAGUAGUUUUGCUUUUUCUUUCUUUUUUCUUCUCUCUUUCUUUCCCUUUCACUCUUCCCAACAACUGAAUCAUGCCAUGGGUCCCGAGGAACUGGGUCGGAAACAUUUUCCUUGUAGUCCAGUUCCUUGACUUUCAGGCGCUGUGCAAUGACAGACAGCCUCAGCCAGGCGCGUUUUCCUUUCCGGACAAGAGGCAAGAACACUUUAUCAAGACUUUGUCAGAGUAUCAUGUGGUGGGUCCUGUAAAAGUAAAUGCAACUGGACAUUUUGUAUCCCAUGCUUUGCAUCAUCAUGCCUCCAGUGGAGGGAAUGCUAGGAGAAGAAGAGAUCUGGAGCACCAAGAUGACCAAGUAUAUUAUAAAAUUGCUCAUGAGGACAAGAACCUGUUUUUUAAUCUGACAGUUAAUCGAGGAUUUCUUUUUAAUAACUACAUCUUGGAGAGACGAUAUGGAAACCUCACAGGUGCCAAAAUGGAAUCCCAUUCAGGCUCUUCCUGCCACUUCCACGGCACAGUACUACAAUCAGGAGUUGGAGAUGGUACUGCAGCUCUUAGUGCCUGCAAGGGACUGACUGGAUUUUUCCGCCUGCCACAUGGAGACUAUUUCAUUGAACCUGUUAAAAUGCAUCCAUUGGCUGAAGGAAAGCAUCACCCACAUAUCAUUUACAAGAGACAAGUACACCCAGAUUCUCUGAAGAGGAGGUGGGCAUCUCCAGAACAAAAAGAACCUGCUUGUGGAUUAAAUGAUAGUCGUGCCAUUUUUCAACAGCAAGAACAACAACGUGAAAGGUGGGAGAGAAACAAUGUGUCAAAGAAAAGACUGUCUCGGAGAUCCAUCAGCAAAGAACGAUGGGUAGAGACCCUGGUUGUAGCGGAUACAAAAAUGAUCGAAUAUCAUGGAAGUGACAGUGUGGAAUCUUACAUCCUCACUAUCAUGAACAUGGUCACUGGAUUAUUCCAUAAUCCAAGUAUUGGCAAUGCCAUUCAUAUUGUAGUGGUCCGGCUUAUUCUACUAGAAGAAGAAGAGCAAGGAUUGAAAAUAGUUCACCAUGCAGACAAGACGCUGGCCAGCUUCUGCAAGUGGCAGAAAAGCAUCAAUCCUAAGAGUGACCUCAACCCUGCCCAUCAUGAUGUGGCCGUUCUCCUAACCAGGAAAGACAUCUGUGCUGGGGUUAAUCAUCCUUGUGAAACCCUAGGCCUUUCUCAUCUCUCUGGCAUGUGCCAGCCUCACCGAAGCUGUAAUAUCAAUGAAGACUCAGGACUCCCCCUGGCUUUCACAAUUGCCCAUGAACUUGGGCACAGCUUUGGCAUCCAGCAUGAUGGAAGAGAAAACGACUGUGAGCCUGUGGGAAGGCAUCCCUACAUCAUGUCCCGUCAGCUCCAGUAUGACCCCACUCCACUCACAUGGUCCAAGUGUAGCAAGGAGUAUAUCACUCGCUUCCUUGACCGAGGCUGGGGGUUCUGCCUGGAUGAUGUCCCCCAGAAGAAAGGCUUGAAGUCCAAGGUCAUUGCUCCUGGAGUGAUCUAUGACAUCCACCACCAGUGUCAGCUGCAGUAUGGUCCCAAUGCAACCUUCUGUCAGGAAGUUGAUAACAUUUGCCAAACAUUAUGGUGCUCGGUGAAAGGUUCUUGCCGUUCAAAGCUGGAUGCUGCUGCAGAUGGGACAAGAUGUGGAGAGAAAAAGUGGUGUAUGGCUGGCAAGUGCAUCACAGUGGGAAAGAAACCAGAGAGCAUCCCUGGAGGUUGGGGUCGCUGGUCACCCUGGUCACACUGCUCCAGGACCUGUGGGGCUGGAGUUCAGAGUGCAGAAAGACUUUGCAACAACCCUGAACCCAAGUUUGGAGGGAAGUAUUGCACUGGAGAAAGAAAGCGCUAUCGCCUUUGCAACAUCCACCCCUGCCGCAUAGAUGUGCCAACAUUUCGGCAGAUGCAGUGCAGUGAAUUUGACACAGUUCCUUACAAAAAUGAGUUCUACCAUUGGUUUCCAGUUUUUAACUCAGAAUAUCCCUGUGAACUCUAUUGUCGGCCCAUUGAUGGACAGUUUUCUGAGAAAAUGCUAGAUGCUGUUAUUGAUGGUACACCUUGUUUUGAAGGAGGCAACAGCAGAAAUGUCUGUAUUAAUGGCAUAUGUAAGAUGGUUGGCUGUGACUAUGAAAUUGAUUCCAAUGCUACUGAAGAUCGCUGUGGCGUAUGCCUGGGAGAUGGCUCUGCUUGUCACACGGUGAAGAAGAUAUUCAAGCAGAAGGAAGGAUUUGGCUAUGUUGAUAUUGGGCUUAUUCCAAAAGGAGCAAGAGACAUUCGAGUUGUAGAAGUCGAAGAAGCUGGAAACUUCCUGGCUAUCAGGAGUGAAGACCCAGAAAAGUAUUACCUAAAUGGAGGAUUUAUUAUCCAGUGGAAUGGAGACUACAAGCUGGCAGGGACAGUCUUUCAGUAUGAUAGGAAAGGGGACUUGGAGAAUCUGAGGGCUGCUGGCCCUACCAAUGAAUCCGUGUGGAUACAGCUCCUGUUCCAAGUGACCAAUCCAGGCAUAAAGUAUGAGUACACAAUACGGAAAGAUGGCAGCUCUGAAAAUGAUAUAGAGAAGCCACAGUACUUUUGGCAGUAUGGCAGCUGGACAGACUGCAGUGCAACAUGUGGGACAGGUAUUCGCCGCCAGACUGCCCGCUGUAUGAAGAAGGGAAAAGGCAUGGUCAGAGCUACAUUUUGUGACCCUGAAACCCAACCCAAUGGGAGGCAAAAGAAAUGCUAUGAAAGGGAUUGUCCACCCAGAUGGUGGGCAGGAGAGUGGCAGGCCUGUUCAGCAACCUGUGGUCUUCAAGGAGAGAAGAAACGAACAGUGCUGUGUAUUCAGACAGUGGGUUCUGAUGAGCAAGCUCUUCCUGCAAAGGACUGCCAUCAUUUGCUUAAGCCAAAGACUCUCAUUUCCUGCAAUAGAGAUGUGCUGUGUCCAUCUGACUGGACAGUGAGCAACUGGAGUGAGUGUACUGUUUCCUGUGGUGGAGGAGUGAGGAUUCGAAAUGUCACUUGUGCCAAGAACAAUGAUGAACCAUGUGACUUUACAAAGAAACCCAAUAGCCGAGCCCUGUGUGGUCUACAACAGUGUCCUUCUGGCCGGCAACUACUGAUCCCUCCUCUGAAACCCAAGAAAGGACCAAUUCCCAAUAGGAGAACUCUUCCCAAACCUAAAUCAACUCCCUCAAGACCUCCCCCUAUGCCUAGUUCCACAGUUCUGACUACACCCAUGAUUUCUGAAACUGUGAACAUGAGCACUACAACAACUAUUAGCCCAAGUCCUGCUAUGUCCUCUGAAGAUCAAGACCCAACAGGAGGAAAAUUGCAAAAUAAUUCAAUCUCCUCUGAGCUAGAUCCUCCUGUUUCCAUUGUUCCUACUGAAAACACAUCACAGCCAAAUCCUACUACUGGUUCUAUAAGUACCCAGACAAGCAACAGAAUUACAACUAGCAAAGGGAACAUUUCCCAUUCAAAAAUGACAUCCACCUCUAAAGUGGAUUUUGUGGUCAAAACAGAUGUUACUCCUGUGUUACCAUUCACCAUAAGCCCAGUGACUUUGCAAGUAACUCCCAUUUUUGAUCAUUUGACGGAGGAGCCAGAAAUAGAAAUCCACAGUGGCUCAGGAGAAGACAGUGAACAGCAUAUAGACAAAACUACUGAUACUCCUGUAAUGUGGACCAAGAGCAAAAGCCUCACAAGCCAGUUUCCAUCUUUAGAUGAAAUAAGUAUGCCCCCCCAGCCCCAACCAACACCAUACCUCAGUGAUCUUACCACAGGGUAUUCAUUCAGCACAACAGCAGAUGGGUUAUUGUCUUCAACAAGGAUCAGUCAACAGUCUACUACUCUUGAGUAUGGCACACUGGAUGUCAAUGCAAUUGUCACCAAAAAACCUUCCCUCCUGCAGCUACAACCACUGCAGAAAAUUGAACCGAUGCCACAUAAAAAGCUAUUAACUCACAUGCAAACAGAAUCUAUGAGCAACAAAACUGUAUCACAAGGCCUUGAAUCUGAUCUGACUGAGGAGGAUGCAAAGAAUCUAAUUGCUGAGGGGUUUUUACUGAAUGCUUCCAAUUAUAAUCACCUCAAAGUGCCUAGUCCAACACAAAGCAUUGCCUACUGGAUUGUGGGUAACUGGAGUGAGUGUUCCACCACCUGUGGCUUGGGUGCUCUUUGGAGACACGUGGAAUGCAGCACUCAGAUUGACUCUGACUGUGAGUCCAUUCAGAAACCUGAUCCUGCCAAGAGAUGUCACCUGCGCCCCUGUGCAGGAUGGAAAGUGGGCACCUGGAGCAAGUGCUCCCGGGAUUGCGGUGGAGGCAUCAAGGCCCGGGAGGUUCGAUGUGUGAAUAGCCAUGACCACCGAAACCUGAGGCCAUUUCACUGUCAAUUACUUGAAAAUAAGCCCCAGUUGAGCACCACUUGUAACAUGGAGCCCUGCCAAGAAUGGAAAACAGAGCCCUGGAGCCAGUGCUCCAAAACUUGUGGAGGUGGUAUCCAAGAAAGAUUGGUUCAUUGCCCAGGAGACCGUUGUGAUUGGCAGAUGAGACCCGACUCCACUAGGCAUUGUAACAGGCAUUCUUGUUCCCAUUGGGUAAAAGGGACAUGGAAUUUGUGUACUGUUUCCUGUGGUGGUGGCAUUCAGCAGAGAAUGGUCCAGUGUAUCAACUCAGAGAGUAAUAAAACAGAGGACCCCAGCCUAUGUGAAAGCACCCUCAAACCUCUGGAAUCACGGAAGUGCAACGAGCAAGAAUGCAGGAAACACACAGAUAUACCUUGCAGAAAGGACAAACUGACAUCCAUUUUCUGCCAGACACUGAAAACGAUGGGCAAAUGCUCUGUCAUCACUUUAAGAGCUCAGUGCUGCUAUACAUGUGGUAAGCCUCACACCAUGCAGUCUCGACAGCCAAAAAAUCGACAUGGCUUCAGAAAAUCCAAACUGCUCUGAUGCCGGAAAGAAUCCAUCCUUCACCAAAGACAACAGCAACCUGCUAGACAUGAUGAGUUCUGGGGUCUGGGUUAAUUUUAUUGAGGUCUCAGUUCCUUUGUUUCAUUUGAAAUUGGGUAAUUAAAAAAAAAAUCCUAUUGUAUCCCUCUAUUCUAAUGGAUGUUGUUGAGCUGUAAUACGUGCUGAUACCUGGAAGAAAGGUGAGAUGUCUAAUCAGGUUAGUUUUAUGGAUUCCUGCCAUUCUUUACAGGGUAUAACUUCUAUGAAAGAUGCCAAAUUGAAUAAUCCUAUAAAGUCUUGUGUCUCCUCAAAGGGGGUGAGUGGUCUGAACUUUUCAUUCUACCUCAGGCAUGCACAAAGGACUGUGGUUGGAGGAUAUAAUGAACUCCUACUGAUUUCCCUUGAUGACUCACUCUGCCCUCUCACCUGCCCCUCAAAGUUGUUUAGAAUCCUCAGAGGGAUAGUUUAUAAGUUUUCACAAUGCCAUUUACACUUAAUCCAAACCAAAGGAAAAGCUUUAUAUGACCAAUAUUCAGUGGAAAGCAUAGUGGAAGAAGUAAUCUAUUUCCUGACCAAUCCCCCCAAGUCUUCUAUUUGCAACCCUGAGUUGAAGAAUUAGAUGUUAGAGGAUUGAAAUAAGACCUUUAUGAUUAGAUCUGCUAUUUUUGUGAGCUUUUGUCAGUGUUCACAAAAUAAAUACAAGCAUUCAUAAAAAGGGUUAGGGUGAAUAGUACAAAGUCUAAAGCCUCAGUAAUAAAGACUAAUGAAACUUCAAGUAGGUCCUUCAUAAAUACUUUUCCAAUUAAAUUCAAUAAACCUCUACUAUGUAUUAGAUUUGACAAAGGUAAAAAUUAAAUAUUUCCUGAUCUCAAGAAUUUUGCAUUCU